AUAGAGACGAGAGUCUUUAAUGGUCUACAUCUCAUGAGCGAAAUCUCAUUUCCUAUGCAAGAAAUUACUAUACUUUUUCCAGCUGUUACAAAAGCUACUUCAGCAGCUCUGAGCUUUGCGAUUUUGUCCGUUUUGAUGAUAGUUGUUGCACACAUGAACUGAAACAGUGACCGUCUUCCGGCCACCUCCGUCGGCGUUUUCAACUUCCGGCCGCCGUUCUGGAGGUUUUUGGGAGAGAAGUGUGAGAGAUCUGCGCUGGCUUUGCGAAAUGGGGCAUUAUGCUGCAGUUUGGGAUCCGAGAGCUGCGAUUGGAGUGACGAAGGACUCGAAUGGGAUCGAUCAGGUUGUGCUCCGUACUCCUCACGGCGCCUCCGCCACGGUGAGCUUGAGUGGAGGACAGAUUACUUCAUGGCGGAAUGUUCGGGGCGAAGAACUCCUUUUCACCAGUAGCAAGGCCAUAAAGUCACCAAAAGCUGUAAGAGGAGGAAUUUGUAUUUGCUUUCCCCAGUUUGGUAAUGGCGGUUCACUUGAGCAUCAUGGAUUUGCAAGAAGCAAACUUUGGACCAUCGAUAAUGAUCCUCCAUCUCUGCAUUCAUUUGAUGCUCGUGGAAAAUCUUUUGUUGACUUACUACUAAGACCGUCGGACGAGGAUUUGAAGUUCUGGCCUCACAGUUUUGAGUUGCGGCUCAGGGUUUGUCUAGCAUCUGAUGGAAAUCUCACUGUGAUAUCUCGUGUUAGAAACAUCAAUGGCAAAACAUUUAGUUUCUCAUUUGCUUGUCAUACAUACUUGUCCAUCUCUGAUAUAAGUGAAGUGAGGAUAGAAGGAUUGGAAACACUGGACUAUCUUGACAAUCUCUCCCGUAGAGAACGCUUCACAGAGCAAGGAGAUGCAAUAACAUUUGAGUGUGAGCUUGAUCGUGUUUACGUUAACACUCCGAAUUCUAUUGCUGUGCUUGACCAUGAAAGGAAACAAACGUAUCUUGUGAAGAAAGAUGGACUGCCAGAUGUUGCGGUGUGGAAUCCAUGGGAGAAGAAAUCCAAGGCCAUGGCAGAUCUUGGUGACGAAGAGUACAAACAGAUGAUCUGCGUUGAUGCAGCAGCAAUAGAGAAACCCGUCACAUUGAAACCCGGGGAGGAAUGGACGAGCCGAGUAGUCCUUGUGGUUGUGCCAUCAACCUUUUGUGGAGAUGAUGACCUUUAAUGCGUCAAAAAAGAUCCACAGAGAGACCUGCAACUAAAAAAGCUAAGACUCGGUAUGUGCUCUUGCAGUAUAUUUUUCAGCGCAAUGGCAAUACAAAAAAAAAACUUAGUAUAUGCAUGUAGGAUAUGUAUUAGUUCAAGGGAAUGUUCUCUUGAUUCGGUGCGGUGUCACACGAUUUAUGAAGCCGUGCUUUUUUUUCCAGGAAGAGUAGGGCUUCAUAACUCGUGUGUGUCGUCUUGUCAAACCGGCACCAUAGAAUUGCACUAUAUGUGACUAGAAUAUGCCGUGGACCGGGAAAGCCUAAGGUUUUAAAGUUGGCUUCAUCAGUUGUAAACACUUUGUGUUUUUCAUUUGUUACAAGUUUAGGGGUCCUUUUCAUUUUGUCAAUAUCCUUAAAACACUCUUUUUUCCAAGCAUUUGAGGGUUUUUUUAAAUGCUUAUUUAUUUAUAUUAAAUAUAAGAAGGGUACUAUA